AUGCUGCCAGCCUUCAUCCUGCUGCUCAUUGUCCUUGGUGUCAUUCCCUCAGCUGCUGCAGGAUUCAGUUCAAUUGCUGAAAAUGAAGACGCCCUCCUCAGACGCUUAUUCCAAGGUUAUCAGAAAUGGGUUCGUCCUGUAUUAAAUUCUAAUGACACCAUAAAAGUAUAUUUUGGAUUGAAAAUAUCUCAGCUCGUGGAUGUGGAUGAAAAGAAUCAACUGAUGACAACAAAUGUGUGGCUCAAACAGGAGUGGACAGACCACAAGUUACGUUGGAACCCUGAUGAAUAUGGUGGAAUUCGUUCAAUUAAAGUUCCAUCAGAAUCUCUCUGGCUUCCUGACAUAGUUCUCUUUGAAAAUGCAGAUGGACGUUUCGAAGGCUCCCUCAUGACCAAAGUCAUAGUGAGAUCUAAUGGCACCGUCAUUUGGACCCCUCCAGCCAGUUACAAAAGUUCAUGCACCAUGGACGUCACGUUUUUUCCAUUCGACCGGCAGAACUGCUCCAUGAAGUUUGGAUCCUGGACUUACGAUGGUACCAUGGUUGAUCUCGUUUUGAUAAAUGAAAAUGUUGACAGAAAAGACUUCUUCGAUAAUGGAGAAUGGGAAAUACUCAAUGCCAAAGGGAUGAAGGGCAACAGGAGAGAUGGCACCUACUCCUAUCCGUUCAUCACUUACUCCUUUGUUCUGCGCCGCCUACCCCUGUUCUACACCCUCUUCCUGAUAAUCCCCUGCCUGGGGCUGUCUUUUCUGACAGUGCUUGUGUUCUAUUUGCCUUCUGAUGAAGGAGAAAAGCUUUCGCUAUCAACCUCUGUUCUGGUUUCCCUGACAGUUUUUCUUCUAGUAAUUGAGGAAAUAAUCCCAUCUUCCUCAAAAGUCAUUCCUCUCAUUGGGGAGUACCUGCUGUUCAUAAUGAUUUUCGUUACCCUGUCGAUUAUUGUUACUGUUUUCGUGAUUAAUGUUCACCACAGAUCUUCUUCGACUUACCAUCCCAUGGCCCCCUGGGUUAAGAGACUCUUUCUACAAAAACUUCCUAAAUUGCUUUGUAUGAAGGACCACAUGGAUCGCUACUCUUUCCCAGACAAAGAUGAGAGCCAACCAGUGGUGAAAGGUAAAGUUCUAGAAAAAAGGAAACAAAGACAGAUUAGUGAUGGAGAAAAAGUUCUUGUUGCUUUCUUGGAAAAGGCUGCUAAUUCCAUUAGAUACAUUUCAAGGCAUGUGAAGAAAGAGCAUUUUAUCAACCAGGUAGUACAAGACUGGAAAUUCGUAGCCCAAGUUCUGGACCGAAUCUUUCUGUGGCUCUUUCUGAUAGUGUCAGUUACAGGCUCUGUUCUGAUUUUCACUCCUGCUUUGAAGAUGUGGCUACAUAGCUCCCACUAG